UAUAUCGAUAGAUGCAUUCGUUUUUGGCAACUCUAGUUUUUCGGCAAAGAAACUCGUAGUUUCCAUUAUAAAAAUUGUCAUUUCGGUGGUAUUUGAACAUCCAUGUGAAGUAGAGAUAAGCCAAAACACUCCCGUCGUCCACGCCACGUCGCAUAUCGCGUCCCGAAGCAGCGCUCAGAUAUACAUUUUAUACAGGCCAAGCGGAGUGCGAAACAAGUGCAAAAUGAGCUCCUCCAAUGCAAGCCAGCGCACGAAGCUCAUCCAGGAGAAGUGCCAGACUCUGCUGACCCAGAUGCUCCGCGAUGAAGACAACAAAUAUUGCGUGGACUGCGACGCCAAGGGUCCCCGCUGGGCGUCCUGGAACCUGGGUAUGUUCCUCUGCAUCCGUUGCGCUGGUAUCCACCGCAACCUGGGCGUGCACAUAUCGCGCGUUAAGUCGGUCAACCUGGACACCUGGACCCCGGAGCAGGUGAUCUCGUUGCAGCAGAUGGGCAACUCGCGGGCCCGUGCCGUUUACGAGGCGCAGCUGCCUGACGGUUUCCGCCGGCCGCAGACGGACACGGCGCUAGAGAACUUCAUCCGGGCCAAGUAUGAGCACAAGAAGUACCUCGCUCGCGAGUGGGUGCCGCCCUCGCCGCCUAAGGUGGACUGGGCCAAGGAGAUCGAUGAGGAACUAGAGCGGCAGAAGCGCAAAAAGAAGACUGCCCAGGCCAGCUUGGGUCUCAGCGGGGUGUCGAGUGGCGCCGACAAGCGUCUCGCUAGCACCUCGACCUCAUCGGCCUCCAAGAACGCCCCCCUUCCCGCCCCACUGCCCAAGCCGAAGCCCAACCAAGUCGGCGGCUGUAGCCCGAAGACCACGCAGCGCGUCCAGCUAAACAACCAAACUAAUAACAGCGCGGGCGAAAGCGACCUCUUGGGCCUGUCGUCGCCCACCAAGCCAAUGGGCAUUGGCAGUGGUGGGGCAUCAAGCAGUGCCAGCCAAGACUUGCAAAACGAAAGUUUCACCAGCUUUCUCAGUGCCGAAACGAUUGGCGGACAGCCGGAUAAGCUGAACGGCAGCAACGGUGACGGCGGUGGUGGCAUGCUGGCUGCGAAGCCAAACUCACUGGCCCAGGAGGAGCAGGACUUCUUCAACCAGGGAUCGCUUGGCGCCACCGGCAGCGAAAAGGACCAGUCCGGUAAGCUCUCCAAGGACAGCAUCCUUGCGCUCUACGGCAACGCGCCAGCUGCGCAUAAUCCUCAGAUGAACUUUGGCGGCUUCACGGGCAUGGCGCCCGGCGGAUACAUGCAUCAGCAACAGCAGCAGCAGAUUCCACACCAGUUUAUGACGCCGCCAAACUCGGUCAGUAUGUACAACUCGCCGGUGAUGGCCGCGCCGAAUGCCUUCAGCAAUGCGACCAUUAGCAGUGCCACUGCCAUGAGCCUUGGAGGUGUUAACUUCGGCGGCGGGCAGUUUCCCACCUCCGGGGGCAGUCCAUUUGCCGCCGCUGGCCAAGGCUCUGCGACGAACCUGAUGCAGACGAACCAAAGCAUCCUAAGCGGGAUGCCGCUUUUUGGAACUGUUCCACAACAGCAGCAGCAGCAGCAUCAGCAACAACAGCCACAUCACCCGCAGCUUGGCGGCCUGUCCAUGAACUUAAUGCAACCCCUGCCCAGUGGUCUGAACAUGGGCCAGCCGCAGGGAUCGGGGGGAUUUGCAGCCACUGCCGGUCCUGCCGCUUCCUCAGUACCAUCAAAUCUGAAUCAGCAAUUUGGAAACCUAAAUAUCGGAAAUGUCUGGCAAUAAAUACGGCGUGUAUUUAUGUAGUUGUAUUCCUUUAAUUAAUUUUAAGACACGACGAGUGCUUGUCCCUCGGUGUUGCAAUGAUCUGUACAACUUGCCAGCUUCUGUCUGUAGUUAGUUGUCCUGCGCAAGGACUCCCGAGAGGGCGAAACUAUACGUAUAAUUAUAGGAGAAUUAACUGUCAUGCAAGCCACUGUAUUAAAUGUGAAGGAUGAGUUGGUCAUGACCACCGAGGAUCGGGUCGCGUCUGCUCGUUCAAAUCUAUUCCAAUUCCAAUUAUUAUCCUAAUGCAUACAUACAUGUGUAACACACGAACCUCUAAUUACAAUUGAACUACGAACUUAACGCACUUCCCAAUCAAAAUGUACAUGUUAUUUUCGAACAUAUUAGCUAGGAUUUGAUACACACACAAGCAUGCAUACAACCAAUCGUCCACCAGGUGUGAAUGUGAAGUAGAGAUUUGGCAAAAUGUACUUUUUAAACGGAUCGGAUAUGUGUACAUGUGUCCCCUAAGGAACUAGGAGUAUUCGCGCCAGUUUGUCAAUGUAAAUCUUUAAUAUCAUGGCUGGGAAGUCGACGGAUUUAUUGUAUUCGAUUCUUAAGUUGCUAUGUCUAAGGAAUAAAUCAAACAACUUCGAACUGUGUAAUAAUAAAAUAUUCCGACAAUUGUA